AUGCAGCCCGCCAGAUUGGAGGAAAUGGGUCUCGUGCUUUUCGAUCACUGCGUAGAAUUUUUCUAUGAAAAAACUAUCGAAUGUCUCAAUGAUGCGAAAUUCAUGGAAAACCACAACAUUUUCACUGUCCAGGCAAUUUGUCUGCUCACAUACAUUGGUCACCAUAUCGGACAGUCAAAUCGAAUGUCAGUUUUGGUUGCAGCUGCCAUCAGAAUUGCUCAGUGCCUUGGCUUGCAUCGCCUUGGACCAGAUAAGAAAUUGGCAGAUCCAGCGCUGAAUAGGCAAAAGCUACACCGUCGAGAGGUGUCGAAACGCGUUUGGUGGUUCCUUGUUCGACAGGACUGGCUACAAAUCCCCGUCAGCAACACCUGUAAUAUUCAUCCAAGACAGUUUGACACACCGAUGCCGGAUGGUAAUUGUUUGAUUGCGGAUGGUCAAGCCAUUGAUCGCAACAUGAUACAGGGCGGCUAUACGUCUGUUCUGAACAAAGCAGCUUUCAUAGUAUGGAGAUUCCACGACAGCGUGACCUCAAAUGAGGAAAGUUCUCGAAAGGUGUACUCGGAGGUUCUCAAAGCUGACAAUCAGUUGAGAAAACUCAUGAACGAUAUCCCGUUUUACUUGCGUCAAGAGUCGCCUGAGGAUGGAAUGAAGCAUCAAAGUGCACUCCUUUAUCUCGAACUCGCCCAGCAAUUCUACUCGAUCCACCGCUUCUUUCAAAUUUCCAGUCUCAAAGAUCCCAACUUUGCUUACACAAAGAUCUCCUGCUCCCCUUUCAUGUACCGAAAUCUCUUCACAUUCCUGUCCUUAGAGAAAAACAACCCAUCAACCCAGAUAGUCUCGUACCUCUGGACUUCAAAUACUCACGUCCUCACAGCAGCCUUAUGGCUACUUUUUGAAAUGAUCUUUUCCAAGGAAGGAAUGGCACAAAUUUACGAGGCUGCUGAGAUCAGAGAGCUUGCCGCUAAGACAUUUGAAUUCUUACGUGCGAAUGAGCGAGAAAGCAAGGUAGCCAAAAGGGGGGGUUAUAUUGAUUGA